GCUCCAUCCUCUCCUCCUCUAAUCCCUCAGUGCUGCUCUCUGUGUGUUGAUGCUCUUUACACUGUGUAACGUCUGAGGGCCCUCAGUGAAUUUGAGGAACGAUCUGUCGUGAGGUCCGGACGCCGGCGACUGGAUGUGAACUUCACUUUCCUUCUGGAGUGAAAACCGACGACGAGAUCCGACUGGACUCUGGAGUCACCACCAGUACGACCUCAACAACGAAAACCAGAGACUGAAGCCGACACGUUACGACAGAGAAGCUCCAGAUAACUGUAACUAAAGAUCGUGAUCAUGCUAACGUAAAAAACGUGUUAAUCUCUCGACACCAGACUAGAAACAACCAAACAAGUCAAACGAAAGCCUUUGUUGUUCAAAUCAUUUAUAAGCCUCGCGGGCUGUGUGAGUCAAGAUGGCCGACCCCUACCAAAACAACGUGUACCAACAGCAGGGGGGCGACAGUUACGGGACGUACGGAGAAGGGGGGGGCCCUGACGGGUACGGUUACCAAACGGACUACCCUCGGCAGGAAGAGGACGCAGCGAGCGACGCGACGGAAGGACACGAUGAAGAGGACCAGAUGUACGAAGGAGAAUAUCAAGGGAUACCUCACCCUGACGAGGUGAAGGCGGCUCAGAGGGCGGCACGGGCCAAAGCUCGAUCUGCCAGAAAUGCUGUCUCCGAACUGGAGGAGCUGUCCGAGCAGUACGAGGACAUCAUGGAAGACUGUGGCCACGGGAAGUUCCAGUGGACGCUCUUCGUCGUGCUGGGCCUGGCGUUAAUGGCGGACGGGGUGGAAUGUUUUGUGGUUGCGUUCGCUCUUCCCUCCGCAGAGAAGGAUCUGUGUCUGUCCAACGCAGAGAAAGGAAUGCUGGGUCUGACCGUCUUUGUGAGCAUGAUGGUGGGGGCCUUCGUGUGGGGCGGCCUCGCAGACAAAGUCGGCCGUCGGCGCUGCCUGAUUGUGGCGUUGGAGAUAAACUGCGUCUUCGCCUUCCUGUCUUCGUUCGCCCAAGGCUACGGCUUCUUCCUGUUCUUCAGGGUGCUGUCUGGCGUCGGCAUCGGUGGAACAGUACCCAUCGUCUACACGUACUUCGCUGAGUUUCUUCAGAUGGACAAGAGAGGAGAGCAUCUGUCCUGGUUGUGUAUGUUCUGGAUGAUCGGUGGGAUCUACGCCUCCUUCACUGCCUGGGGCAUCAUCCCCAGAUAUGGCUGGGGCUUCAGUAUGGGCACAGAGUUCCAGUUCCACAGCUGGAGGGUCUUCAUCCUGGUUGCAGCUCUCCCUGCCAUCACCUCUCUGAUCGGACUCACCUUCAUGCCGGAGAGCCCUCGCUUCCUCCUGGAGAAUGCCAAACACGACGAGGCGUGGAUGAUCCUGAAGCAGGUUCACGACACCAACUGGAGAGCCAAGGGACAACCGGAGAAAGUCUUUACUGUGACUCACAUCAAGGCCCCGAAAACAGCAGAGGACGAGUUCAUUGAGAUUCAGAGUGCGACAGGAACGUCGGUGCAGCGAUGGGCUGUGCGCUCGCUAACGCUCUGCAAACUGGUGUUGAAGAACGUCGCGUCUCUCGUGUCUGCAGAGCUGAGGUUAGCGACGCUCUUCAUGGCCGUCAUCUGGUUCUGCAUGGCCUUCAGUUACUAUGGUCUGUCCGUGUGGUUCCCUGACAUGAUCAAACACCUUCAGUACGAGGAAUACAAGUCCAAGGUCAAGGUGCUGCACAGAGAACGAGUGGAAAACUUCCACUUUAACUUUUCUUUGGAAAACCAGAUCCAUACAGAAGGAGAAUAUAUCCACGACAAGUUCAUCAGAAUAGAGAUGAAGUCAGUGAAGUUUGAGGACUCACUGUUUGAAGACUGUCACUUUGAGGACAUCAGGUCCACAGACACAGUGUUUGAGAACUGCACCAUCCGCUCCACGCUCUUCACCAACACAGAUCUGUGGGAGGAGAAGUUCAUCAACUGCAGGAUGGAGAACUCGUCCUUUGAGCACAACAAACAGGGCUGCCACCUGGACAGCGGCCAGGAGAACGACGUCCUCAUCUACCUGGUCAGCUUCCUGGGGAGUCUGGCCGUGUUGCCGGGCAACAUCAUCUCAGCGCUCUUCAUGGAGAAGAUCGGCCGAGUGAAGAUCAUAGGGGGCUCCAUGCUGAUUUCCGCCGGCUGCACGUUCUUCCUGUUUCUGAGCUUCACCCAAUCAGCGAUCAUCGCCCUGCAGUGUCUGUUCUGUGGGGUCAGCGUAGCGGCGUGGAACGGCAUCGAGGUGGUGACGGUGGAGCUCUACCCGGCUUCUAAAAGGGCCACGGCGUUCGGCGUGCUGAACGCUCUGUGUAAACUGGCCGCGGUCCUCGGCAGCUCCAUCUUCGCCAGCUUCGUGGGCGUCACCACAGCCGUCCCCAUCCUCCUGUCCUUCGCUGCGCUGACGUGCGGCGGCCUACUGGCGCUGAAGCUGCCGGACACGCGGGAGAAGAUCCUGCAGUGAGGUCGCUGGGAAACGUGAGCGCUCGAUGUCGGAAGCUUUGACUUCAUUCUGCGUUUCAGAGAAAUGCUCACGCCUGUUAAAUGUAAAAAUUGACAGAAACUAUUUCCGUUUUUAUUAUCAUGUGCAUCAUUUAGUUUUUACACGUUCGACAGAAGAGGGCAAUGUUUCCACUUUGAGUUUAGAGGUGUUUCUUCAUGGUUCAGUGUUAGAAAGUGAGGCGGAUACACACUGGAGUUAUUUUAUUUUGAGUAUUUGGGCCAUGUUGAAAUUAAAAAACUCAAUACCAUAAUAGUAUUUGACAAGAAUAAAGUCGUAAUUUAACGAAAAUGAAGUUAUAUGAGAAUAAAGUCAUAAUAUUACAAGAAAAAAUCUUAAUUUUACAUAAAUAAAGUCAUAGUUUCAUAACAAUAAAGUUGUAAUAUCUCAUUUACGACUUUAUUCUCAGAAUUUCUUUCCUUCAACGUGGCCCUAAAACUCUGUCGUAUUAAAUCACAUGAUGGAACUCGUCUUUCUACCAGUAGUUGCAUGAAUGAAGGAGAUGUUUUCUGUGAGUGUUUUUUUUUAUCCACGUGUGUUGACAUCGUGAAAGCGCUGAAGUUCUUGAAUCGUCUGCAGUUACAGUUUUCCUCCACUUUGUGUCACUUAUACUUGAAAACACAGUUUUUUGUUCUCGGCAGCUUCGACUCUUACUAGAGGAGAUGGAAUCUAAUGUUGUCACUCACUGCAUCGAGUAGUCCUCAGUACUACAGCGCCCAUAACUCAAUAAUAUCCUUAGAGGAGAGCUCAUUCCUCCACCAGCGUAUCAGUCCCUUCAGAUUCAAUCAGGCUGCACCGAAUCACACACUCAUAGAUAUGAGACCCUUUCAUUUCCCGGGUUUUUAUCCAUCAAGAUCCAUGAAUAAUUCUCUAGUUCACUCCAUGUCACAUUUCUUAAAUUAUUGUCAGAACUUCAAUUUGCUGCAUCUUAUUUCUGAGGAAACUUCCCCAAAAAUCUAAACCCAUCAACAACAGAAUCAACUUGAAGUACUAACCACAUGUGUAAUUCCAAUAGUUAUCAAUAGAUGGCGCAUGAUUUCUCUACCAUCGGCCGUUCACAGCAGUUUUUUAACAUCUAAUCAAACUAAUACAGAGAAUUAACAUCGGUGGUUUUACUUAUAAGGUGAAACAUCUUUGUGUGUUGAAGCUCAACAUCUUGUCUCGUGUGCCGCUGUCGUUUUGCAUGAGCACGAUCACGGUUCAGGGAAAGUUCGUCCUCAUCCGGCUUCGCUCACACUUUAUAAAUCUAAUUCACUAUUUAGAAAAAUAAGCAAAAGUCUUAUUUCCGAAACGCAAACUAGAUUAAACAGAAAAUGUUCCAGUCUUAUAAAAGAAUUCAUUUCAAUGAGGAAUGUGAGAUGUGUUUUGGCACCACUAGAUAAAACCGGGAUCAACUUUCCCCCAGUUUCAUGCAAAACUAAAACCUUUAAUAGAAGUUUAUGGCAAAGACAUUAUAAUGUGUUUUUAUCAUAAAAACAUCGGAGCUUAUAAAUCAUCGAAGAAGUCUCGUGUUGAUAUUAAUGUUUUUCUUUCUGUGAUGUAUAGUGUUGGAAAUGGCUUCUGAAUAAUGUGUCUUUAUUUUCAUUUUGACUCUGUCGUCUGUGUCGGACGUUUCUGUGAAGACAAAAAGACGUAGUUUUGUUCUUGGUUUGAAAGUUGUGUUCUUCAAACUCACUGUUUUUCUUUUUUUGUCAGCGGAGAAGAAACGUUUCUCUCCCGUGUAAAAAAAAAAAGGUUUUUGUUUGAUUCAUCUCUGUCUGUCGCUGUGUGCAUCUGUGGCUGUGACAACUCCGACCAAUAAACAGUGGGUGGCUUGUUACGA